AUGAGCAGGUUGGGCCGGGCUGACGGGGCGGUGGUAUUUGAGGCGUUGGCGCAUGCUGACGUCAGCACGACGGCGUAUCUCACGAUCCACAACAUGAAUGCGAGCAUCAUCGACAGGUUCGGAUCGGAGGAGCAGCGGCAAAAAUGGCUACCAGCCCUGGCAACAAUGGACCUCUUCUCCUCGUAUUGCCUCACAGAGCCUGGCAGUGGCAGCGAUGCUGCUGCUCUCAAGACGACGGCGAGGCAGGCCACCGGCUCUACAGAUUACAUUCUGAAUGGAUCCAAGGCGUUCAUCAGUGGAGCAACGGCUGCUGAUGUGUAUGUGGUGAUGGCGCGCACAGACGGGGAGGGGCCCAAGGGGAUAUCAUGCUUCCUGGUGGGGAAGGUAG